AGGGGGCCGGGUUUACACGAAAAUCAAGCCGCGUUUUGCCCUCCUUCUCCUGGAUGAUCUGUUUCAGAAGAAGCAUGCGGCUGUAAAACAUUUUAACUCUGACACAAAGACGGUUACUGUGAUUUCCGGUCACCUCUGAGGCACUGGGUGUGUGGAUCCAUUAAUAUUUGCUCACAGGAUUAAUUAUAAACAUUUGCUGGAUUUAUUGUUUAUUUGGGUUUGUGUGAGAUGAUGGCCGCGUACCUGGGCCUGGAGGAGAACACCACGGGCCUGAUGGACACAGACAGCAAGACAGAAAAAGAACAAACUAAGGACGUGGCAGUGAAAAGUGCAGAAAAGACAGACACCACUCAGAAGCCGCCGUACUCUUACGUGGCGCUGAUUGCCAUGGCUAUUCGCGACAGCUCGGAGAAGAGACUGACACUUUCAGGUAUUUACCAGUACAUCAUCAGUAAAUUUCCUUUCUACGAGAAGAAUAAGAAAGGCUGGCAGAACAGCAUCCGACACAACCUGUCACUGAACGAGUGCUUCAUCAAGGUUCCCCGGGAGGGCGGUGGCGAGAGGAAAGGUAACUACUGGACCCUGGACCCUGCGUGUGAGGACAUGUUUGAAAAGGGAAACUACCGACGACGGCGACGCAUGAAGAGGCCGUUCAGACCUCCACCGGCACACUUCCAACCCGGUAAAUCUCUUUUUGGUGGGGACGGUUAUGGAUACCUCGCCCCGCCGAAAUAUUUACAGCCUGGGUUCAUGAACAACUCAUGGUCUCUGGCGCAGCCUCCCGCGCCCAUGCCGUACACGUCGUGCCAGAUGGCGAGCGGGAACGUGAGUCCGGUGAACGUCAAAGGCUUGUCCGCGCACUCCUCGUACAACCCUUACUCUCGCAUGCAGACAAUGACACUGCCGGCCAUAGUCAAUUCCUACAAUGGCAUGAGUCACCAUCACACACACCAGCACCACCAGCAGCUCAGUCCGGCUGCGUCUCCUCCAGUUUCGACUGGAAACGGCACCGGGCUUCAGUUCGCGUGCUCGCGGCAGCCCACAGAGCUACCCAUGAUGCACUGCCCUUAUUGGGAGCACGAGGGAAAACACUCCGCGCUCCACACCCGGAUCGAUAUAUAGCUCUGUCUAUACCCACUACCCGAGACUUGUGGUCAUAAAGAUGUUUUAUAUCUGUCAAGAGCUAAAGAGUGAAAUAUCGGGAUGUGGGUGCAAGUACAAAUAAAACUGACGUGGAACCAAACGCGGGAAGGGAAUGACUCCGGUGGGACGAGGUUUGGAUGCUGUGCUUUCUUAUCUCUGCUGCAAAAUGGAAAUUUGCAUCAAAUGGU